AUGAAACUCCUUCUGCUGGUCGCUCUGCUCACAGCCGGUGCUACGGCACAGAGCAUCAAUCCUCCGGCUGUGUGGCAAUCCGGCAAUGCAAUAGAGUGCAUCCUUCCUCUGCCUGUUCCCAUGAAGCAGUAUACUUUCUAUGGCUGUUACUGUGGCUUGUUUAGCUGGAGCGCAUGGAUGGAAGACUUAGACCAGUGCUGCAGGGCUCGUGACAAGUGCUACGCUCAGGUUGAUUAUCUGGGAAACUGUGGAUUGCUCAUAAGAAACCCCUACACCAGCUCCUACUUAUACUCCUGCUCUGGGUCUGAGAUCACCUGCAGUGACAAAAACAAACCCUGCGAGGCCUUCAUCUGCAACUGUGACCGCCAGGCCGCCAUCUGCUUCUCCAAGACCCCCUACAACAAGCAGUACAAAGGCAUUUACUGUUAGACUUGUCACCUCAGCUACUGCCUACACCGCCCCUGCCUGC